AUGUUCAGACGAAAAACACGCAAUUCCACAGCAUAUACGGGUGUGGGACAUUCCUCCCCCUCUUCCCAGGCACCAGACAAUGGGGCCAUGGCUGCAGCUUUGAGUAUUGGCCAGACUCUCCGGGAGACGCGGCCGGAUGUUUACGGAAAGCCCGCUUCCACGCUGCUGAUGUCAAAACACCAGCAGCCAAAACCAACCCUGAGUCUUUUGAAACGUAGCUCGUCUAUCCAAAACUCCAUGGGCCCGACUUCGACACCAAGGCAGUCGCGCACAGGACUGAAUCUCUCCAACCGCCACAGCAUGGCGGCCGCGGGAGACAGGCAUGUGUAUAACGUGGAUGACAGUUUCAACGACUCGUUUUUCGAGGAAGUCGGACGCGAGGCAGACGUCCACUACAGCAACGAGAUGCAGCUCCAGAACUUGAAGUUGCGCCACACUCCGCAGGUGGCCCAGCCAAAAAUGGUCAAAAAAUACAUCCCUACGCCCAACGGAAUCACCGUGGUAGAGGUGCCAGAGGAGACGAUGAAGAAGGACAUCGCCAGGUCAAACUCCAUGCGCUCCAAUCUCUCGCUCAAGCGCUCGGGUCUGUUGGUGUCACACUCCAGAUCGCACUCCAUGGCCAACUCCGCCAGGGCCAGAAAGCCCAACCGCGUCUCGUCAUUGGCGAGCCAAUCGCGAAUCGAUGAACAAACCGAAGACGACUACCACUCCAGACAUAUGUCUCCCGUCUCACACGCGUCCAGAGAACACGAAGAGUUGCACAAGCAGAUUGAGCAUGAGAAGCAGUUGGCCAGAGAUUUGGAAAGACAGCGUGCCGAGUACGAGCAGUUGAAGCUGUUGCGUUUGGAAAACGAGCGCAAGCUCAUGGAGCUCCAUAGCUUGCAAGAGGAGGACACCUCUUCGUUCAGGGCCGUUUCCUCCAUCGACGAGAAGGAACUGCUUUCGAACGAUACGACUGCCUCGGAUCGUGUGAAGCCUAACGGGGCUUCUGCUGAACAUGAAGAUGGCUCCGAAGAUGAAGAAGAUGGCUCCGAAGAUGAAGAAGAUGGCUCCGAAGAUGAAGAGGACGUGCCCAUUGCGCCUUUGCCCUUUGUGGUUGAUGAGUUGGAUCUGAAGAAAGCAGGAGCCAGCGAGCAAAAUGGGAAGCCCAUCGAUGGCGCUCUGGACCUUCACUUGGACAAACAAAUCGACCCUGCCUCACCACAGCAUGACCUUAAGAACUCCGGAACUGACAUUCCCAUUUCCCAUGAUGAUGCACAGAAGAGUGCGGGCCUUGAUGGUUCUGUUGAUAACUUCGGGAUAGAAGAAGUGCCGACUGAAAGCUUUGAAUCCCCAAACCUUGCGAGCCAAUUGAGACCCAACUUUUUUGGCGCUUUCCCUGAAGAAUCUGGCAUGUCUGAAUCUGCCCCGUCGUCGGGUUUGGUCCCUGAGAUAACAGAAACCCAUGAAACGACCUUCGAUCAUGCGAAUGACCUUCACAACGACGGGUUGGUACCUCCACCAAAUUUUGCGGGUUCAAUCAGAUCUUUUUCGAGCGUCGACUCGAAAUCCAGACCGAUUAAGUCUGCGAUGAAAAACGCAAGGCCAGCGUAUUCAUCAAACAACAGUCUAACCGCAAGCCCUGCUCACCAGGCAUAUUUGUCCUUGACCACAGCUGAGAACACGAGACUCAACUCUAAGUUGUCAUCCCCCAACUUGGAGGAGAGCCUCGCGCCAGAAGUCAAGCCACAAGCGCCAAAGUCACCCAACCACCAACUGAAAAGAAUGUCGCAGUCCUUGCGCAAACAGCCCAGUGGGGCCUCUCAAAAUGGUCUCUCAGGAAGAUCGCUCAGACCGCAGUCUGUGAUCGAUGGCCAAUUAAGCCGUGGGCAAAGUGGUGCAAUGAGAGCUUCAAAGCCUGUCGUGCAACCAAUUCCACCACAUCCAGUGACAAAACCAAAUUAUCAGUCGCCAUCAAAGCUCAAGGCUGCAGAACUUUAUGCCAAAGCAAACAAAAGACCCAUGUCAUAUCAGGCGCUCCCCAGAACCUCCUCAUUUACCCGAGAAUCUGCAGCCCCUCAGAAGCCAUCUUCGCAAGUUCCUCAAAAGUCGGCACACCGGAUGACUUUGAGAUCACCUCCUGUAGCCUCAUCAAUCAACCCCGUGGACUCGAGUAUUCAAAACGCUCAGACACAAACUUAUUCUCAGCAACACAGCGGCAGUGGGAAUCACGUGUCUAAAUUUGUUGACUCUGAUGACGAACAUGACACGCGCGGCAGUAAAUCUCAUGGAUUCUUGUCGCGCUUUGUUGAUUCGGAUGAUGAAACCCCCCGUCAUCUGACCAGUCAACGUCCAAUUGAGUCAUCGCCCAUUAAGACUUUGCGGAACAAGGAGGGAAAAAAGAAGGAAAAGGAAGAGUUUGACCACAAAGAGAAGAAGCCCAAGAAAAAAUUCUUGAAAAAGCUUUUCGGACGUAGCUAA